GCCUGGAGGAAUGUUGUCCAUGGGGUCGCGAUGGGUCGGACACGACUUCGUGACUAACAACAACAAAAAAUUUUCAGCUGCUUAAUCAAUUUCCUAUACUGGAAUUAUGCUUGUUUAGGGACUUUUUGGCAGAACCCCAUUAAGCUCUGUUCACAUCGCAAUGUUAUAAACCUUUCUCAUGUCGCUUGUUCUUCAGUAUGUACAUAUGUAUCUAUCGGUCAAAUACUGCAUGAAAUCAGGUGGAGAUUAAAGAAUGAAAAUGUUUAUUGUCUUCUACCGAUUUAUUUUCUGUAAUACAAUUUCAUAGGGAGGCAGCAAGCAUUGACAGAAACUAUGGACAAAAUAUAGUUUGGCCUCUAGACCAGCAAUAUAUGGAAUCCCUCCACAAUUAUGGAAUACAGGUCCCAUCAUUCACAGUUGAUAUGGCCAUUGGCUGGGAAUGAUGGGAGAUUCAGUCUAGCACUUCUGCAGGGUACAUAGUUGAGGACAGCUCUUCUGGUCUGCCUACAAUAUCCCAUACAUGUCUACUCAAAAGUAAGUCCCAUUGAAUUCAGUGUGGCUUAUUCUAAGUGAGUGGGUAUGUGAUAACUGGCCAAAUUCCCUGCCUAUUCUUCAGGGUGGGGAACUAAGAUCUUUCUUGGUUUUCCAUAAUGUUGUGGCUUUGUAUUGCCAUAUUAUUGAGUUGCUCUUGUUACGGGGCCUACACAGUUUUGUUUCUCUAAAGUACAAAGUUGCCCCAUUUCUCACCCCUCCUAGCUGUGCUCAGCUUGGCCGGUUCAGGCAGCUCAUAGUGAAGAGGUGUGAAGUUUGUACACCUGCCCAGCAAGGUUGUGUAAAUACACAAAGCAAAUACGCAGGCCUAGCAAGGUUGCAGUUUGAUGUAGACAUGCUCAUGUGUUCUAGCACAAAUUUCUUUUUCUGCACAGCUUGGCAGUCCUCCUUCUCCUGCUUCCUGAGAGCAUAAGCAAUGUGAAUCUGCCAACCCUAGAUUUUACAGUUAUCAACUCACUAGCAGGGUUGCCAUUAUGACCUCACCCCCUUGUCCAGGGUUCGAAUAAAAAUCUAACAUUUGUAGAGAUAUCCUGACAAGGAAAGCUGCAGGUAAGUGUUUACAGGUACAGGAAUUGUGUGAGCAGAUCUGCUUCUCGCUCAGACUUUGCUGCUGUUUUAAUAGUGUCAUCCAGGGUUGUGUCCAAGGCUGCUUCUAGACAGGUAAGCCCCUAGUAAUCCAAUUACUGUAUUUCCCUCAUAAGCAACAAGUGGAAGUGCAGUGGAUUUUCCCACACAAUCAGGUGUACUGUUAUUCUUCUGUGUACAGCCUGUCAUUUUUCUUCUAUACCAAUGGUUGUGGCUUAGCAGCUAUAAGUGGGGCCAUCUGAAGUUCAGCCCCUUGUGGUUUAACAGUCAAUUAGCCUAACUAAUCAUUUUUUUUAAAAUUUACACUAAAAAGCAUGCUUUUCUCGCUGUGCAUUUUACCAAAAAAAUUAAAUUGGGUAUAGCACUAUAGUACCAUAAUGUAUGUAAUAUCAUUAUGGUGCUGUAGUGCUAUUUCCAAUUUUAAUUUAAAAUAUAGCCAGAAAAGCAUGCUUUUCUUUUAAUUAGGUUUUAUUGAUUGCUUAAAAUCCUCAUGUAAGUGCAAGCUCUAGUUAGCAUGAACAACAUUUAGAGGCAGUGCUAACGUAACUCCAAUAGCCAUGGAUAAAAUGAACGAUAAUUUGCUUUUAACCAGGUAUUGAUAUUUGGUUAAAAUCCUCAUACCAGUCAUGGUUACUCUGAAUGGGGAGUGCAUGUGAGAGCUGGGUAGAGAUGUCUACAGUCCUGGCCCAUCUUUACUCUAAAGAGGACAGUUUUUCUGCAUCUUGAACAGUUUGGUUAGACAACUAUUCCACAACUGUUGAAAGGACAGUUCUAGGAAUAUUACCUUUGAAGAGGUUUCUGGGGGCAUGCUUGACCCUGGGCCAUGUCUCAGUUUAGAAACAAAGUGCUGUUGGGCCUGGAUGCAGCAGAUUAUUUGGGGGGACUUUUGGGAAAUUGGGGAGACAGGAGUACAAAUGCAUGGGUUUUGUUUCUUCCUAGCCAUCCUUCCAUAGAAGUGCCCUGGGAAUGGUCUUUCUGUUUGCAGCUUUCCAGAACAACCACAUCUACAGCAGACCAGCCUAACCUUUUGCCCAUAUUCCAGCACAUGGAUAAAUACCCUAGAUAAGUUAAUUCCCACCCAAGUGUUUUUCUGGGAAGGACAGCCAGAGUCACAGAUGGCAUGGUGAAAAUGGAAACAUGUUGAAGAUGGGAGAGGGCAACAGUUCUUGUGUUAUGCAAAGGAAAUAGCCUAGGACUUGAAAGAAGUCGUGGUAUCUUCUUAAAUCUCCUGCUUUGACUGUUUGCAGAUCUUACACAUCUUCCAGAGCUUGAAACAGGAACUGAAAUGUCCUGGCUGUCAGCCACCUUACCCAACUCCAGUGGGUGCUGUUCUGCUGCCAGAGCCAGCCUAGAAAGCAGCUGUUCUGUAUCUUCUGUGGGAAUAUAACUUUGAGCUAAGGAUGUGGUUAAAGCCAGACAUCUCCAUUGCCAUUUCUGCCCCACCCAGCCUCCAGAGUACUUUCCCAGGUAUAGGCAGCAGGAUUAAACCUUGAGCUCCUUAGUUCCGGAGCCUCCACUUGCCAAAAUAAAUGCAGCUAUAGUUUCUAGAAUUGGAGAAGCUCCCUUUGCUUGAACAGGAACAGUCCUCCCCAUGCAAAAAGCAGUUUUGAGGAGGGGAUUUUGUUGAGGCCACUACUGGGAGAGAGGGCAUUAAAUCCCUUGCUAUUUUGAUAUAGUAAAACAGACAUUUUAAAAAUGCAGAAAACCCCACAUUAAACAUCACAUGUUGGGUUUUUUGUUUUUUUGCUGAAGGGAUUUUUAAUUGGCAGCAUACUGUUUAUUAUUUUUGGUUUUAAUAUGUUUUUUAAGUUAAAAUUUUAAUUAAGUUUUUUUUAAAAAAGUAUUUUGUUAUUGUUGGCUGCCUUGGGCACUAUUUUUUUGGUGGUAAAGUGGGAUAUACCUUAAAGAAGUACAAUAAAGUCUGCAAUAUGGCAUGCAAUUGAGAGAAAUGGAACCAGAGUCUCUUAGAAGAUGCUGGGAUGACUGUGUGUGGGCACAGGACAUUUUAGUUUCCCUCUUCAGUGCUUUUUCUGAGGUCAUGCCUAUACAUUCUCUCAUAUAAUAGGAUCUGCACAGAUGACAGAUGUCUGUAUCAUCCUGCUAAAUAGCAAGGAGGAAUUUCAUAUAUCAGAUCCUUGUGAAAAACAACAGUGACAAGAAAAGCCACCCUUUUAAAUCUUUGAAAGUCAUAAUUUUUGGAAUGGUCCCAAGGAUGAAAAGUAAAUGUGAUUAAUGUACAUGAUCUAUGAUCCAUGCAACUUUUUGCCUUGUUGCAAAAUAUGUACUAUUAGGUGAGAGGUUUCUUAUAGCAGGUUGUAUUCACCAGAGUACAUACCAUCCUCAUGGGGUAUAAGGAUGUAUGAGAAUGCUAGACAGGGCAGCCUGCCAGUGUGUGCCUAAAGGUGUGGGUGGGAGGAGGAACUGGGUACCAUCUUUCCUUGCCCACUUCCUGUCAGGACAGACUCUCCCCCAGGCGAGUUGGAACCACUGCAUGUUCCUUGGCAUGCAGCAGUCUAAAUGAAAAGGUGGUGGUAAUGUCCACACCCAUUCUGCAGCUGGGAAGAGAAGAUUUUGGUAUCUCGAUUCCAAAAAACACCUCCUUAACUUACAAACCCUACAGCCCUCUGCUUUAUGGUGAACCGCCUGCUACAUUGUUUUCUUCCUUUCCAUGUCCGCAGGUGUGCCGCUGAUCCAGGCUGCUGCUGUCCCAUUUGGUGAUUUGCCCCAGCUCGCUAGACACACAACUACGUGCCAGCACACAUAGUAUACUGUUUGAGGAUUGUUCACACAUUUAGGAUGGAGCUGCAGAAGAUGGGAGAAGAGAUGGGCACUGAGAAGCUCAAUGGGACCAUACCUGAUAACAACAAGGCUGCUGGCCUAGAGGAUGGCUACGAGGAAGAAGAACGUGCUUUGACUGAGCAAGAGGAGUUCCUGCCCCACAUUGCCAGCAAGAAACUGAACCAGUUCACUGAUUUUGAGGGAAAGACUACAUUCGGAAUGUCCGUUUUUAACCUGAGCAACGCCAUCAUGGGCAGCGGCAUCCUGGGCCUCGCCUAUGCCAUGAAGAACACAGGAAUCGUUCUUUUUCUGGUGCUUUUGAUCUGCAUUGCUUUGCUCUCCUCCUACUCCAUUCACCUACUGCUGAAAUGUGCUGGAGUCGUGGGAAUUAGAGCCUAUGAGCAGCUGGGAUUCAGGGCAUUUGGCCACGGGGGCAAAGUGGUUGCUGCUGUGAUAAUCUCCAUACACAACAUAGGAGCCAUGUCCAGUUACUUGUUCAUCGUUAAAUCAGAGCUGCCACUUGUGAUCCAAACCUUCUUAGGGCUGACAGAGAACAACAGUGAGUGGUACAUGAACGGAAAUGUUUUAAUCAUCGUCGUCAGCGUUUGUGUCAUCCUGCCCCUAGCACUGAUGAAACAUUUGGGAUAUCUUGGUUAUACCAGUGGACUUUCACUCACCUGUAUGGUUUUCUUUCUCAUCUCGGUGAUCUACAAGAAAUUCCAGAUUGCCUGCCCCCUCAAUAGCACCAUGGAUAACAACAGUACUAUGGACCUCAAAGAUGAAAGCUGCACUGUUGAGAUCUUCACUAUCAACUCCCAAACAGCUUAUGCCAUCCCCAUCUUGGCCUUUGCCUUUGUGUGCCAUCCAGAGGUGCUUCCUAUUUACACAGAAUUACGUAGGGCCUCCAAGCGUCGAAUGCAGAAUGUAGCAAAUGUCUCCAUCCUGGCCAUGUUUUGCAUGUAUCUGUUGACUGCUGUCUUUGGCUACCUCACCUUUUAUGAGAACGUUGAAGCAGAGAUGCUGCACACCUACAUCAAUGUGGACCCGCUGGACAAGCUCAUCCUCUGUGUGCGCUUGGCUGUGCUGUUGGCAGUGACACUCACAGUGCCGGUGGUCCUGUUCCCGAUCCGCAGAGCCAUCCACCAGUUGCUGUUCCACAAGAAGGAUUUCAGCUGGCCGCGUCACGUCACCAUUGCCUGCUGCCUCCUCGUCACUGUCAACCUCCUUGUCAUCUUUGUGCCAAAUAUCAAGGACAUUUUUGGAGUCAUUGGAGCCACGUCAGCCCCCAGUCUCAUCUUCAUCCUUCCAAGUGUCUUCUACAUCCGCAUUGUCCCCAACGAGAAAGAGCCUCUGCUAUCUAGAUCUAAAAUACAGGCUGCCUGUUUCGCGGCCCUUGGCUUCAUCUUCAUGGUGAUGAGUCUCAGCUUCAUCAUUGUAGACUGGGUCACGACGGGAAAGAGCAGCGGGGUGGGGCACUAACCCACUCCUUUGCCCCCAAGAGAUGCAGUGGGGGUUCCAGCCAAGGAGGACCAUUCAUUGCCCCAAGAAGAGCAUCACCUCUGCCUGUUUAUCUCUACUCCACCUGGGGAGACACCACCAUUCCCUGCCCAGCACUAUGGGGAAGUAUUAGACGGCACCAUUUAUUGCCAUGGUAUGCAAACUUACCCAAGACAGCUCUGCGGCUUCUCCUUGGUCCUUCUUGGCUCUGGGGCUAUGCAACAGCUUUUCCCCCACAAAGAGGCUGCCUGUUGCCAUGGUCAAACUCUACUCAUUCUUCAGAAUUGGUGCUAUGACAACAUAAUUGACCGUUAUGUACUUUCGGCUCCUAUGGUAGCAGCCCAGGGCUCCUGGUCUUUUUUUUAAAAAAAACUAUUAUUUCCUCCUGGCAAAAUGAUACCAUUGUGUGCUGGGGAGGGUUUUUUCAUCCAGGACAAGGCUCUCAACAAGAUGUAUGGGGGGUGGGUUUUACUUUGGCCAUUAUGGAAAUAAUCCCUGGUUGGUUCUCCCCUCCCUCCUUCAUUGUCCUGGUGCCUGACUGUCCAGGUGGCAGAGCUUGCAAUCUAAGCUCUUAGUGAUUAAGCGUGGGAGCUGGCCCUGCUCUUCCUGUUAUAGUCAGAAGACAGGCCCAGCCUCCAUCUAUGUGUCUGUUCCCCUUACUGGUAUCAAACGGGCAAUGAGUUGAGCUGUUGAGGCUUGUACAAUAGCCCCAGGAUGGGGGGUGGCCAGCACAACAGUGCACACAGUGGACAAUCUUAAUUUAUUUUCUAGUAUUUAAUCUGGGCCUGGCUACCAGACCAAAGACUGCAACAUAACCAUCCUAGUGCCAACACAAUCCAUGUUAGGAUUCCACAUUCCUUUGAUGGAGGUGAGGUUUGGGGAGUUGAAAGAAGGGAUUUUGGUUGAGCAGGCCAGAAGUCUGGACUCCUGGAUUCUCUUCACAACUCUGAAGGGCUGGUGGGUGCGGCAUGGUCAUACAGGGUACAGCAGAAAGUUUCAAAAGGAGGGUUCUAGGUGGUGGGAGGGAGAUGCAACCAUCCCUUGGCGUGGUAGAGGGUCUUUGCUGUGUCCUGUCACACAGUGAUGCUCAAUUUUUCCUGAAGCCAUCCAGGAAAGCUUAAAGCUUCUUACGCUGUGUUGGCACCUGCUGACUUCCCAUUGGCACAACUCUCUGAGCUGCAGCAAUCCACUUUCUAGAUUCUGCAAUGCUGCAUCUGAAUUGGAGCUUCUGCCAUUUGCCCUUUUAAGAGCUCUGACCUGAGGCAGCGUAUAUGGUGCAGAGCAUGUUUGAAAAGCUUCAGGUUGACAUUAAUGUACCGCAAACAUCAAGAGGCUUGACUGAAGGACAUUACCAGCAAAUUAAAGAGGACUAAUUAUGUGGCAGAUACUUUCCUAUUUGCCAUUUACUGUGGAAUAGCCAUGCUUUGUUCAUUUACGCUUCAUGAGGCAUCUUCAUCAUAGCAUCAUCAAACCGUCGUCCUCCAGUGUUUUCCCCAUGCACUUUUUUCGGCUUGCACAAAAUCUGGCUGUUGGAAAAAGAACAGAACGAUAGAGCUAAUCCUCACAGUUAUGGACUGCUUUAGCACUAUUUUCCUAUCUGCCUUCAGAGGCCUGGUUUUGAUUGUUGCAUCGUUGCUUAUCAGUUUACAGCCCUAAAGCAGUGAUAUAGCCAAACGCAAACAGACAACAAAGUUCUUGGCUGUCGUUGCUCUAGACCAGUGGUGGCGAACCUAUGGCACAUGUGCCACAGCGGGCACACAGAGCCCUCUCUGUCGGCACGUAAGCCAAGUUGUCCCAGCAUUGCCCCAGCAGCCGAGCAUCAGAUAACAGCGUAUAUAGGGGCCGUGCGCAUGCUUGGAAAAGAGUAGUGGUGGCAGGCGAUGACGUCACGAUCCACAACUCAUUAGCCGUGACUCAUCCAAGCUUUCGCAUAGCUGGUCAGCGUACUGCCAAGGAUAUGUUUAUAUUUGCUUGAACUGGCUGUGAGUUGUUUUCUCUAAACUAAAACUUCAGUUUUCAGGUUUUAUUGCAGUGUUGGCACUUUGCCAUAAAUAAGUGGGUUUUGAGUUGCAGUUUGGACCCUCGGUCUCUAAAGGGUUCAUCACCACUGCUCUAGACUCUGGAAUCUUUCCCUCUUGCACCAGGAUAGGCCCUUCAACUAGGCAGAGCAACUUGGCCUUCCCCAGAUAAAGCCAAUGCAGGCAACAAUCUGUCUUUUAUGUUACAGAUACAGCAACAACAUUCAUUAGUAUUAUACACUCACCACCAGACUGGAGAGAAACGCUUUGAAUUUUCGGUGUCAGGCACCAAAGCACCUUAUACUGCUUUAUGGGUGGGGUAUUGAGCAGUGCCAGCUCCAGGUUUUGGAGGGCCUAGGGCGAGCCCUUUCCUUUGGUGAAUCUGCCUUCUCAUCACUGUGGUCACCAGCUGCUCCUGCCCCUGUUCCUCAUCCACUUCCUCGUCACUACCACUUGCUUGCUUGACCGGUAGAGACUUGGUGGGCAAGGAGGCCGGGGCACCUCCUUUCUCUCCCACCACCACCACCGCUGUCUUAGGCCGGAACAAGCUGGCAACUGUGAUGAAGGAGGGCACAACUCCAGGGGGCUUUUGUUGGCGGUUUAGGCCCUUUGCAGGUGUCCAGCCAUGCCUGCUUGGAUGCUGGUUCUUCUGUUGACUGAUGAGAUUAAAAGAAACAGUGGACUGGGAAAGGGGUUUUUGUCCUUCUCUGUCAAGAAAGUUUCUCUGCUGGUUUAGCAAAGGAGAACAUGUCCACAGUGAUUUUCCAGGGUUCAUCAGUGCAGUGCCCAUCUGCCUCUCCCUCUGCAUUGUUCGUAUUUCUGUCCUUUUCUCUCUUCCUACCGUCCCUGGCCUCAUAGUUCGUCCCCACAGUAUUACCAUUACUUUAACCUACCACACACACUUCUGCAGAUGCUAAAUCUUCCUUGAACUGGUGUCAUCGCCACUGGCUAAGCAAGCAUAUCUGUGUGUGGUUAUUGCGAAUGAAUUACCAGUUGAGGUAGACAACUUCGUGCCCUCCAGAUGUUUUGGACUUCAGUCUAAUCACCCUUAAUAACUGCCCAUGCUGGCUGGGGCUUAUGGAAAUGGUAGUACUAAACCUGGAGGGCACCAGGGUUGCCCAGGGCAUUGAAAGGGAUCUUUAAAAAAUCUAGUCCCUCCCCCUGCUAAUGCAGAAGGUCUGCUGCUAUUGGCUGGAAAUCCAUCCAUGAUAGGUGGUCACCUUUGGAGGCAGCCUGGCCGCUAGCAAAGGGCUUGCACUCUCAGGCAGUUCUUUGUAGUGAUUUUGAUCUCCUGCUUUGGGUCCUGACUUCUAGAGUGCCAAAAACAGGUUCAAAUAUUUGAAGAUGGGUCUCAUAUCUCCUCCUUUGCAGCACAGAAAUUGGGGUCAGCAUAUUCUGCUAAAGGCUGGUGGACUUGUUUGAAAAUACUACAUGACAGAAAAUCACCUUUGUCCACCGUAUCUCAAAUAUUAAUCAUCAAACAUUGGUCCUUGCUGCCUUAAAUUCAUUAAGCUAUAUUCUUUUUUGCCUGUCUCAUCUUCCAGAGAGCACUUAGCAGCACAGCAUAUUUUCUCUUUUAACUUUUUGUUUUAUUAAGCAGAAUGGAAGCUGAGAUUCUUGGUGGCUUACUUAGAGUUGUGUGUUCUCAACAGAUACUGUGACAUAAUGUGCAUCGCAGCUUUGGAUAAUCUGGCCAAGCAGGGACGGGGUGUGCAGGGAACCUAUUAGGAAUGCAUGAACAGGACACAUAUUGACCAAAUUGCUAUUUAAUAAUCCUUGUCUGACAGCACCAUCCAUGUCCAUGGAGUAUCGUAAGCAGAAAGCAGCCCCUGGCCCAAGGACUUUACAAAACACUAAAUGAGAUUUGAAGUGGCUAACCUCUCAACAUUAGGGUCCCCGUGUCAACAGGAACGUUGAACUUCUCAGAUUCCAGUGCUGCAGGGAUUUGAACAGUUGUGCCUGCUGAAAUUUUCUAUAUAAUGUUAUAGCCUUAAUGCUGAAAAGCUUGCCACCCUCAGAUUAAUCCUAGGCAUGUCUAUUUUGAUGUAAGUUCCAUUCGCUUCAGUGGGACCUGCAGUCUAAAUUUUCAGAGCUCUCAGACCCAGCAACAAUCUUGUAGAAUGAGGGUCUCUGGUGAUAAUGCUUCUAAGUCAAAAUCAUUGCAAACCUUGUCAUAGGAAUUAAUCAAGAAGAAAAUUCAGCAUAUAUUUUCUUCUUUGGGACAGCUUUGGGUACAUGGGUGCUUAACCUAAGAGUUCUCUUCUGAUCAUACUUCCAGUUUGUACUGUGGUUUUCUAUGCAUAUAGGUUGCUUCUACCUACCUAAUUUAUUUGUAAUAUUGUAACUUCUGGAUAUAGACUGCUUUGGUGGGCACAAUUUGAAUUUCUUGCUUUGGUACCAAAUCUCCUAGUGCCAUGUUUACUAGUAUGUAUACUGAGCUUUGAAGUGGGAGUGAACUGUAUUCCAAGCCUCCCCUGAAACUGCUGGUAGUUUUGCUUCUUGCUCUUUAACUUACUUUGAGAACUGUAAUCCACCUGAUUUCAGCUGACAUGCAUUGGGCGGUUUGUCCUACAUCUCCUCAAAACUCAUGCCAUUGCUACAUCUGAGCGUAAGCAUUAGCCACACUUUCUCCACUGCCUUAUUCAUCAGUUGCAGCUGUCUGUCACCUCCUGGGGCUCACAGUCACAUCUUUCUGAGCCCACUGCAAGGCCAGAUGCAAAAGAUGAUAGGACUUUGUGUAGCAGAGAACAUCUUCCUCAACAGGACUAUUAAAGAUACUGCCCUCCUCAGAAUCUUAAUUAGCUUAGCCAUCCAUUUUGAAAUAACCAGACACUAAGCAUUCUGCAUUUACUCAGCUGCUGGAACCUGACUUCCUCCUGGCUCAGCUGGGCUAGGACUGAAAUUGUACCAGGAGGCAGAGUUAGGCCUCCUGGCUGAAAGCGUUGACCAUGGAAUCAGUGGCCACGAUGGAGGCUCCCUCCCAUUCUGCAAUAGCCACAACUGUCCACUCAGCUCCAUAUUUUUAUGUCUUUUCUCAAUCUAGUAUGUCUAGCUCAUGAAAACAUGUAUUUCCCGUAUGUGCCUUGAUAUUCUCUCUUUCUGUCCUUUUUGCCUUUGAAAACCUCAAGAUGGUUUUUCAUAUAGUCUCAAGGGCUCUGAUUCUGCUUUGGGGUAGGGAAAGAGUUCAUAUUUAAGGGAGGAGGGAACACAGAUUCAAAAUGUGAAACUGAUGUAAGGACACAGUAUUUGUAUAAUUUUGGAAUUCAAUAAAUAACAGUUCUUCAGUAAAA